GUUAACAAAUAUGGCUACCUAAUUCAAUGGCAGUCUAUUGACGUCUAUGUUACAGCGUUAGCCUAUAGUUAACUAUUGUACAAUACAUCUAGAUCUAGAGUUCAAAGAAGAAAAUUAACUUAAUCGUAUAUUUAUUCGGACAACAUCCAUUCACUUCGCUAUCAGACAUGAUAUUUUCUUCUUAAACACUUGAAAUGGGAGCACAGGCAUCUGCCCCUGACAGGGUACCAUCUCGUUCUGCGUUUGUUCGCUCCUCGCAUGCAUAUACAGUUUCAGAAAGUGAACCGGGAUCAAAAGAAAAAAGAAAAAAAGGAGUUUCUAAAUUUGCUACUCUAAGAAAAAAGCUUGUUCGUGUGCGGCGUCAAAGUAGGUCAUUUGAUCAUGCUAAAGCUAUCAGGGAAAUGCUUUCAGUCUGGCCCCUAGAAGAUAUUAGAAUUCUUGUUCAGGAAUAUGAGGCAUCCACAGUACUUAAGGAGUUAUCCUUGGCUGCUAGUCUUGCAAGACCACCUGCACAUUCUCUACGUUAUGAUCUGUCACGUCUUUAUGACUGUAAGUUCUGCACAGAUGUUGAUCUUAUUUUUAGAAACAGCUGCUUUCCUGUACACAGAGCUAUUCUCUCAGCAAGGAGUGAGUUUUUUAAGAAAUUGCUAGCCCAACAUCCAGAAUAUGGAGCCCAGGUACAUGUAAAGCUUAAGAUCCCAGGUGUAGAUGUGAACCUUUUCUCUUCAUUACUCAGGUAUUUAUAUUCAGAUGACCUGAGCAAAGACAGUCUAGAACACAGUGAACUCCUUGCUCAAUUAGCAGCUGAGUUUGGUGUUCCCAACAUCUUAGAGAAUGAUAUGAAGCAACUUUUAGAUAGUGGUGAACUAAGUGACGCUGUCCUGGUGUUCUCAACUGAUUCUGAUGUUGUAGAUGCUUCUGUGUGUCAUCAUGUCAGUGGAUCAUGCCAGUGUAUGACACAGAGUGGCUAUGGACAGCAGAAAACAUCCAGGUUUGAAUUCCCUUGCCACAGGGCCAUUAUUGCCUCACGCUCACCUUUCUUUAGGAAUUUGAUCAAUCGUAGAGCCAAGUCUGGAGAGGAGUUAACUGAAAGAACUUUAAGGACUCCUUCAAGAAUAAUUCUUGAUGAAUCUGUGAUACCUAGGCGCUAUGCUCGUGUUCUUCUGACAGCCUUGUACCAGGACAGUGUGGACAUGAGCUGUGUUCUCAGGGGCAGUCCAAGCAUGUGCAGCCUGAGUGAAAUUCAGGCUAUGGUCUCUACAGGCAGGUGUCAGAUGACUGUGGUAGACGAAGCCAUGGAGUUGUAUCAGAUUGGACAAUUCCUUGAUACACAGAUCAUAUCUCAAGGCUGUGAAGACAUCAUCAUAGACAAACUGUCUGCAGAAUCUUUAAUGAGUGUCUUAAGUUGGAGUGCAGAACCCCAUGGAUCGCAGUGGGUUCACCGUCAAGCAAUGGCAUUUUUAACUGAAGAAUUUUCACAGAUUGCUCACUCACCUGUACUAUUAGAUAUGAGCAAAGAAUUUCUUAAAGAAGUAUUGUCGUCAGACUUUCUACAAUGUAGUGAACAGGAUGUAUUGGCCAGUGUCAUAAGAUGGGGAGAAUAUCAGCUGACCAAACGUAUUGAAGAAAGAGAGCCCAACAUUCUGUCUCAUACAGCUCAUAGUGUUGCAAAAAAAGGUGUGAAAAAACGAGAUCUCAGUGAUGUUGAGCUGCGCGAGUUGCUGUCAGAACUUUUGCCACUCGUGCGCACAGAGCACAUAUUGCCUGCAAAUAGUGAGGUGUUGAACAAUGCAAUCAAACGCGGGCUGCUUGAACACCCCCUUACAUUCUCACAUCAUGAAGAAGCUGUGUUACAUAAAAUUGGAGCCUGGACAGGAGUAACUAAAUCUGGUGUCUUUCUCAAGCCAAGACUCUUUUUGCCAUACAUUGAGGAAGCCAAGGGUAUUCUAGAAGAGCACUUGUCCCAAGGCCGAGAGUCUGGGAGCAAAGUUAGAGCCUUACACCUGUCAGCAAUACCAGAUACCUUGUACAUGCUGGAUGAUAGAGAUGUCUCUCUUCCACUACCAUAUUCUGGCUCUCCAGUCUCAACAGUAGACAUCAUAGCUGGCACAAUUCCAGUCCCAGAUAAAGCCACGUUUGUAAAGAUGCUGGAGAGAGAACAGGAGUUGCAGGUAUCUAAACCUGCUCUCCAAGCUACUUCACUAGCCUGCAUUGACAAGAGAGCUGUGACAAAAGCUGUCUGCUUACAGAUACAGCUGCGUGUGGUACGGGAGUUUGGUUUGCCAGACAGCGCUGUAGAAAUUCUUCAAAACAGCCAGUAUUACUACACCAACAGCAGCCACCAUUGUCGCCACUUUCAUCAGCACUACCCACAAGCCCAACACUUACAACAUCGGCAGUAUCAUGUUUCUAGGAGCUCAGCAGCUAACAUGCCAACCUCAUCACCUUACAGGGAAAUUGAGAGAGAUCAUUGUAUGGAGCGUACCCUGAGUGAUGUGAUGCCAGACAUUGCAUUGGCUUCAAGUACUUUGUCACAGCUUCAUGUCUAUGAUGGUGAGCUAGAUAUUGGUGACAGAAGCACGGAGCGACACCCCUCUCUUUACAUUUAAGUUGAAGGAAAUCCAUACAAGCUAUAUGCACCAUAUCUGUGAUGAACAAAUGCAAUUCUACACCAAGAUAUGCCUUAAAAUCAUUUCAUGUGGAAAGUAGAAUUGAGCACAGACCUAGAAUAUUUGUCACAUAAACCAUGAUCUUCUAAUAAAAUUUUAACUUAAUGUAAAGGUAAAUCAGGCACAUUUUUCAAAAGUUUAUGGUGUUGAUCAAUUGGUUUCUUUUUUUGGGAGCUUCAGACAUAACUUACAGUAUUUCCCUGAUACUAAACCCCCUUUAACCCUUUACAGUCCUAUGCACCAGAGAUUUUUCUUAGUGAUACAGUUGUAUGCGCCUGCACUGUAGAGAACAUUUAUUUAUGUAUUUUUGUAAUGAAAGUCUUGACAGUAGCUUGAUUUUGGAGAUACCUGUGGAAGUGGGAAUCCAUGAAUUUUAGUUUCAUCUUUUUCACUAGCAGUUAAUUUUUUUUUUACAUUUAAAAAUACUGACAAUAUAAUUGAUUAAUUAAGCUAAUUUUAAUGCUUGUGCUGGUUUAUUGGGCUUUUAUUAUAAUGUAGCUACUAUAGUGAUAUCUGAUAUACCAUAAGAAAAUAGUUUAAUUUUUUUUUAGCAAUUUAAAGGUUUUUUAUAGAAAUAAUGUACAAGUACAAGGUAUAGUUUUUUGUUUUUUUAUAAUACAUUUUUCUGGAAUUAAAAAUAUUUUUAUUUAUUAUUUCAAAAAUUACCAAACUAUUGAACCUCAUACAUUAUUAAUUUUGACCUUUUUCCUCUGCAAUGCUUUUUAUCUUAAUCUAUGUUUAAUAGUUUUAAAUAAUUU